GGGACACUCGGUAGCAUUAACUCUUUCCGGCCACCAGGGCAGCACCCGGAGGAAGGCCGCUGUCCCUCCGCGAGGCCUCGGCCCGCGGAGCGGCUGCUCGAAGCCCCUCCCCGGAAGGGCGUCAGCCCGCUUCCGUCCGAAGCCCGGUGUUGGAUGGGGCCCGGGUAGCGACGCGGGCCUGAGGGACGGUGCUGAGGACGGUCCUGCGCGGGGCGGAGGGCGGCGGCCUGCAGACGGCGUCGGGGCCUCGCUGGCCGGUGUUGCCGCGCGCCGGGGACCCAGGCGGUGCAGCCUCGGAGACGUCGGCCUUUGCUGGUACCCAAGCACGGCAAGCGUCCCGGUGCCCGCUGAGCUUGCUGGGCAGCCGGCGGCCGGCCAUUUGGGAAUACCGUGGCAUCCUGGUCGACUUUGGGUGCCGUUCCUGCCGGCUCACGGCCGGGAAAGCGAGGUCCCGGGACUCUCCUCAGUCUCGCCUCGAGGUCUAAAUGAGCGUCGAAGAAAGGGAAGGUGGGCCGAAGGGUCACCCUCAACAUCACCAACUCUCCUCCUCUCCUCCUUUGCGACUUGGCCUGUGGAUAAACGUUUUGUUGCAAACCAAGAGUUUGGAAAAGAGGCCGUGCUCUUCAGACAAACUGUAGAUGUCACAGGCUUCAAGAGGAAGGCAUCAGAGUCACCGCCAGUGGACAUGUCCCAUGAUGAAUUUUGGACUAUACACCAGGGGCUGCAGGAACACCUGAGCUGGAAUUCUCGUAAGGAAACUGAGCCUGUGUGUGAGACAGCUAUGCCUAUUCACCAGAUCCUAGUCUUUUCUGAGAAGACAAAUACCAAAGACUGGACAAUGGCACCUGAGCUCGUCUUGCCUGAGUCCCAGAGCUUGUUGACAUUUGAAGAAGUGGCCAUGUAUUUUUCCCAGGAAGAAUGGGAGUUACUGGAUCCCACUCAGAAGGCCCUCUACAAUGAUGUAAUGCGGGAAAACUAUGAGACUGUCAUCUCUCUAGCUAUGCCUGUUCACCAGAUCCUAGCCUUUUCUGAGAAGACAAACACCAAAGACUGGACAGUGGCACCUGAGUUCAUCUUGCCUGAGUCCCAGAGCUUGUUGACAUUUGAAGAAGUGGCCAUGUAUUUUUCCCAGGAAGAAUGGGAGUUACUGGAUCCCACUCAGGAGGCCCUCUACAAUGAUGUAAUGCGGGAAAACUAUGAGACUGUCAUCUCUCUAGCAUUAUUUGUGCUCCCCAAACCUAAAGUGAUCUCCUAUCUAGAGCAAGGGGAAGACCCAUGGGUUCAAGGGCCCUUGGAGUUGAAGAAUAGUCCUGGAGAGCUGCCUUCAGGGUUAAAGGUCAAAACUGACAAUGAAAACCAUCAGCCUGUGUGUCUUUCUGACUUAGAAAUACAAGCACCGGAAGACAUAGUAUCAAAAAAGACCCGAGUGAAAGUUCCCCAGAAAACAACAGGCAAAGAAAAUCAUGGUGAUAUACACAGGAUGGGGAAAUGGCACCGAGAUUUUCCCGUGAAGAAAAGAAAGAAACUUUCAACUUGGAAACAAGAGCUGCUAAAACUUAUGGAUCUUCACAAGAAAGCUCAUGCUGGAGAGAAGCCAUUUAAAUGCCAGGAAUGUGGGAAAAGCUUCAAAGUUAGCUCUGACCUUAUUAAGCACCAAAGAAUUCACACUGAAGAGAAACCAUAUAAAUGUCAACAGUGUGAUAAGAGGUUUAGAUGGAGUUCAGAUCUUAAUAAGCACUUAACAACACACCAAGGAAUAAAACCAUAUAAAUGUUCCUGGUGUGGGAAAAGCUUCAGUCAAAAUACAAAUCUACAUACGCACCAAAGAACUCACACUGGAGAGAAGCCCUUUACAUGUCAGGAAUGUGGGAAAAAAUUCAGUCAGAACUCCCACCUUAUUAAACAUCGGAGAACCCACACAGGUGAGCAGCCAUAUACUUGUAGCGUAUGCAGGAGAAACUUCAGCAGGAGGUCAAGUCUUCUUAGACACCAGAAACUCCACCGCUGAAUGGAAGUUUAUUCCAGUGUCCUCAUUCUGAAGAAAUUCACAAAGUAGAGGUCGACCCUGAGAUUUAUGAAAAAAUACAAAAUUAUGAAGCAUAAAUAAGUUUUCAUCAGAGGAAAAUUUGGUGAUAUAAACAUAUUUCACAGGAAGGAAUCAAGGUUGACUCUGCAGGGAUCUCUGUAAGUAGUUUUGUACUACUUACAUUUUUACACGUAACCUUUGGGGAAUUCCUUAGCAAGAAAAGUGCUGAAAGAACAUUCUCAGUAAGGGAAACAUUUUUGCAGUUGUACCUGGCAAAAUAGCAAAUUCAGCUUUAAAUGGCAGAUGCAUACAUGAAUCAGUCUUCUCUAAUCACAGAGGGUAAAUACUGUUGGCUUUGCAUUGAAUUCCCAGCCACUUUUAAACACAUUGAUAGAAACAUUUGUAGCCUGGUCUUCCAAAAGAAAAAGCAAUAACCUGCAUGUUUAAUUGGAUACCAUUGCCUUUAAGGUAGUAGGCUUACCAAUUUCAAGAGCCCUGUGACACAAAAAUGAAGUCUGUUGUCAAAUUUUCAAAGAACCAAAUUGGAUUUUCUUCCUCUCCCUUGUCAUUGGACACUGUUCCCACUGUUGGACAUCAUUUGAGUUCAUUCUUGAACAUUUUAGCAACUUUAGCUCUUGAAUCCUUUUAGCACCAUUUUUACUGUGAUGAAAUGCUAUUCACCACUAGGGAAUCUGCCAGAUAAACUAAUAAUGCACUAUCUUAUACCUCAUUGGUGGUGUUUGAAAAAGAUAAACAUCUCUAAUGAGAUCAUCUGAAAACGGGUUGGAAUGUUUAGCUAUGGAUUAUGUAUUACAUGUAAUUAAUUUUCUGCAAUAAAAGAAACUAGUCCCUUAUAAUCUCAGUAUGAUAAAAGAUAAAAGAUAGCACUUUCUUGAGGCCUAAAAGAAAAUUAAUGGAAGUUCAGGUGAACUUCUCACUUUUUAUAUGCUUUUUUGUUUGGCUUUGUUUAUUUUUAAGAAAAAGGGCAGAGUUUAGGAACUGGAGUGUGUGCUGCAGGCAGGAUGUGGUUCACUGAGUGUGGCAGAAGACUGGAUUCCCAAGAGGAAAGGUUUGGGAACUGAUGUUGACUGGUGGACAAGGAUGGGUGAAUCUGCAUUCAUGUUGGUUGUCUUACACUGUUAACUAUUACUAAGCAGGCGGGGUCUACCUGUCUCUGUUUUGUACGCAGCAUUUAACAACAGCCUUAGCUGAUAAGUGAUAUAGAUGGCUGAACAUCUCUCUGGGCUGUGGAUCUUCUUAGAACUCCUACCUACAGCAGUGACAUAUGUUCCUGUUAGAGCUUUUAGGUUGUAUCAAGAAGGGGGGUGAAGGGGGUUAAAUGAUUUCUCCCAAAUACCUUAUAAAUGAUCAAGUUAAGGCUCAGAUACGGGACUUGAUUCAAGACCCUAUUGCUAGUGGGUCCAUUCGCUGCCAGCUAGCUGCAUCAGGGAGGCCUGAAGGCAGGGCUAGGAGGAUAUGUAUGUUAUCCCUGCGGGACCAGGUUGGAUGACAUUGUGUUGUAUUUACUUCUAACUUAUAAAACAUUCUUGUGGCUUGAUUGGUUCCCAAAACACUUAGGUUGCCAUGUGUUCUGUGAAAGAGAGAAAACUGUUUCAACUCAGGGUUAUUCUAGGGACUAGGGGGAUUGAUGAAUGAAAAGCACCUCACAGCCUGGCCAGUGGUAGAUGCUCAGUCAAUGUGCAUUUGCUUCCCUUUCCCCUAUUCCCCAGUGAUAUGCUGGGCAGACUGACUGCAGUAAGGAAGCAGUUGUGUUUAUGGCUAUUUUCAGCUCCUUUCAGGAGUUGUGCACUGCUGGUGGUGAUGUUGCUCAGUUGAUUUGAUCCUUGGCCUCAGUACUUUAUGGUGUAAGUCACCUGAGCUGUGGAUAUGGUGCUCUCAGCAGGAUUUUGUUUUCUUCCCCAAGAUGAACAAUACCAAGUAUUAUUUCUUAGGCACAGCCAACUUUAAAGCUUUCGUCUGCAUAGCUUUUAUCCAUCACCCUCAUCCUUAGGCUUCGGGUACUGUCUCAUCCCCGGAUACAUGUGGACAUCUUCCUGGUGCUACAUUCAUUCAGUUUCAUGGGGGCCUCUUACGUGCCCAGGCACUGUUUGGUCUAGACUGAGAAUAUAGUAGUGAACAAAAGAGCUAAAGAUAGACCCUCACAGGACUUAUACUCUAGUGAAGAGUAUAAAGAAGACUGGUUAUAGUUUUCUGCUCCUUGCAGUUUAGGGUCAUGAGAUAGUUGAAGGUAACGGGUUGUGAGCAGAAGCCCCACUUCUGCGCUGAAGACUGUUUGUGCAAAACUCUGGGGUGUCCUUCCUACCUCAGUCAUGGAAGUCCAGCAGAAACUGGGGCCACAAGGUCAAAGUAGUCUGGAAUGCUGAGCGCCGCCCCCCACAUGGAGAGCAGUUGUCCUGGAAAUUUGCCCAGACCUGUGAUGGACUUUUGGGAAUGAGAAAUAAACUUCUGUUAAA